AUGAAAGUUACCCAUAGAGACUACACGGUCGCGUGGAUCUGCGCAUUGCCAUUGGAAUUACGGGCUGCAAAGGCCGUGCUAGAUGAAGUUCAUCCUUCUCUGCCUCAAGUAAACUCCGACCAUAAUAACUACACACUUGGCAAAAUCAGUGGUCACAAUGUGGCUGUGGCUUGUUUGCCAUCCGGUGUCUAUGGAAAGGUAUCUGCUUCAACUGUGGUAUCUCAGAUGCUGUCCACCUUUCCGGAAAUUCGGUUUGGCUUGAUGGUUGGCAUUGGUGGCGGAGUUCCCAGCACUGGAGUCGAUGUUCGCCUUGGUGAUGUUGUGAUCAGCAAGCCAAUCGGCUGCUCAGGCGGUGUUGUCCAAUAUGACUAUGGCAAGACUCUCCGUGAUGGGAAAUCCCAGCAUAAUGGCUCACUUAAUAAACCCCGUCCCAUCUUGUUAACCGCCCUUGCGCAAAUGGAGAGCGACAGUAUAUCACGAAGACACCAAAACCAGUUAGUAAACCGUGAACCCCGGGAAACCAGCAUGCCCGAUUUCCAUUACGGUUUGAUUGCCUCCGGUGAUCAGGUUAUGAAAAAUGCCAAAAUUAGAGACGCUAUUGCGCAAGAGUCGAAUUUGCUCUGUUUUGAAAUGGAAGCUGCCGGGUUCAUGGAUCAACUCCAGCCUCUUGUGAUCCGAGGAAUAUGCGACUAUUGCGACUCCCUCUCUCGCUAG